CCUGUAUAUAUGUGGAGGAAAUCUACAUUUAUGUUGUGUUCAAAAUACAGAUUCAGAAGAGGAGGUGCAGUCAGUGAAAAAAUCCAAGAAGCCAUCUGAGAAAGAAGCAGCUCCUUCAAAACUUGGUAAAGUUCUAAAGCGGGAUCCUGUUGUUUAUAUUUCAGAGACAGAUGAAGAGGAUGACUUUGUCAAUAGAAAAAUUACCCUGAAGCCAAAAGAGAAUGGGACGUCCACGAUCGGUCAUCCAGAAACAACUGCAGUGAAAAAGGAAGAUGUAAAACCACGAGAUAAAAGCAAACCAUUAUCUCCAGUGAAACAGACUCCCACCUCAGCACUUGAUUACUUUGGGACAAGUAGUGUCCAGCGAUCAGAAAAGAAACUGGUAGCAAGUAAAAGGAAAGAACCUUCACAAAGCAGAGACAGCACACUAGAUGAUGAGGCCAUUGCUAGGCAACUGCAGCUUGAAGAAGAUUCGGAGCUGGAGAGACAGCUGCAUGAAGAUGAAGAAUUUGCAAAAACCUUGGCCAUGUUGGAUGAAACACCACGGAAGAAAAAGGCUCGGAAAGAUUCAGGAGGAGAGCAAACAGCAUCGAGCAUCAAGAGCAGUCCUAAUGUGACAGAAAGACAUAAGCAGUCAGAAAGAGCGAAAGCAACAAACUCAACAAGUGAAGCAAAGAAUUAUGCUCCGAAGCAGCAAACUAAAUCAGAACAUUCAAGAGGCACUCGCUUAUCUGCACAGUCGUCUGACGGUAAAAUAGCAGGAGAGCUGAUGGAUAAGACCUUGCCUUUGAAACCUAGCUCUAAGCUUGUGUCUCUGAAGCAAAAAGAAGAGAUUGCUGAAAAGGAAAGAGGUGCUCAAAGUUCGGUAUCAAAAGAAAAAACUUCUUCAGGGAAAGAAGAGAAGAUAACUCCAAAGAAGGAGAAAAUUUCUCCCAAGAAGACCGAGUCUGUAAGUCCUGAGGACUCUGAAAAGCGGCGAAUCAAUUAUCAAGCCUACAGAAGCUUCCUUAAUCGUGAGGGUCCGAAAGCGCUGGGUUCCAAAGAGAUACCUCAGGGAGCGGAAAACUGUUUGGAAGGCCUGACAUUUGUAAUUACGGGUGUUCUGGAGUGUAUUGAAAGAGAUGAGGCCAAGUCUCUGAUUGAACGUUACGGAGGAAAAGUGACUGGAAAUGUCAGCAAGAAGACAAACUAUCUGGUUAUGGGGCGAGACUGUGGCCAAUCUAAAUGUGAAAAGGCAUCAACUUUAGGGACAAAAAUUAUUGAUGAGGAUGGCCUCUUUGAUCUUAUUCGAACUAUGCCAGGCAAAAAGUCCAAAUACGAGUUGGUGGCUGAAACAGAGGCAAAGAAAGCAGAGUCAAGACCUAAAAAGACACCACAGAAAGCUGAAGCUGAGAGAAGGAAUUUUAGCCCCUUCAAAAGGGAUGCUGAUAAUAAAAAAAAGUCUACUCCUGAAAAAGGAGAUACUGUCAAAUCCGUGAAGAAAGGAGCUGCAGCUGUUCGAAAGCUCAUGGACUGUACACAGCAGGCUGCAGAGAAGACAGAAGCCCCAAAAUCUAAGGGGAGCUUGGCUUCUGAGAUUAAUGAAGAUGGGACUGAGAGAUUGCUAUGGGUAGAUAAAUACAAGCCUGUAUCUCUUAAGGCAGUAAUUGGACAGCAGGGGGAGCAAAGCUGUGCUAAUAAACUACUUCGGUGGCUCAGAAAUUGGCACAAGAAUACCUCGGAAGAUGGACAAGCAAAGACCAAUAAAACUGGAGGCAAAGAUGAUGGUUCUGGUUUUAAAGCAGCAUUACUUUCUGGUCCACCUGGAGUUGGUAAAACUACUACAGCUUCUCUGGUUUGUAAGGAGCUGGGAUAUAGCUACGUGGAGCUGAACGCCAGUGACACGCGCAGUAAGAGCAGUCUGAAGGAAGUAGUUGCUGAAUCACUUAACAACACCAGCAUCAAAGACUUCUGUUCUGGCACAUCCUCAUCAGUUAGCGGGAAACAUGUAUUGAUCAUGGAUGAAGUGGAUGGUAUGGCAGGCAAUGAAGACAGAGGAGGGAUUCAGGAGCUGAUUGCUUUGAUUAGACAUACAAAGAUACCCAUCAUCUGUAUGUGUAAUGAUCGAAACCAUCCUAAAAUUCGUUCCUUGGUCCACUACUGUUUGGAUCUUCGUUUUCAGAGACCUCGCCUGGAACAGAUUAAGGGUGCCAUGAUGUCUAUUGCAUUUAAAGAAGGUUUAAAAAUUCCACCACCUGCUAUGCAAGAGAUAAUCCUGGCAGCAAAUCAGGACAUUAGACAGGUUUUACAUAAUCUUAAUAUGUGGUGUGCAAAAGAUAAAGCAUUGACUUAUGAUGAGGCUAAAACAGAUGCUGGUAGAGCCAAAAAGGAUAUCAAACUGGGUCCUUUUGAUGUUGUCCGGAAGGUUUUUGCUACUGGAGAGGAGGCUUCUCGUAUGUCUCUUAUAGACAAAUCAGAUCUUUUCUUCCAUGAUUAUUCCCUGGCACCUCUCUUUGUCCAGGAGAACUAUGUACACGUGAAACCAGCUGCUGCCGGAGGAAAUCUGAAAAAGCACUUGGUGCUCUUGAGUAGAGCAGCUGAUAGUAUAUGCGACGGUGAUAUAGUGGACAGACAGAUUCGUAGCAAGCAAAACUGGAGUCUUCUUCCAACACAGGCUAUUUAUGCCAGUGUUCUCCCCGGGGAGCUGAUGAGAGGUUACAUGUCCCAGUUUCCUGUCUUUCCCAGCUGGCUGGGGAAAUUUUCAUCCACAGGCAAACACGAUCGUAUCACUCAAGAACUGGCAAUGCACAUGAGUCUCAGAACCCGGGCGUGCAAGAAGACGAUAAAUAUGGAGUAUUUGUCCCAUUUGCGGGAUGCGCUUGUCCGGCCCUUGGAAGACUUCGGAGCAGAUGGUGUACAAGAAGCUGUAGCAUUCAUGGACUCUUACUGCUUGAUGAAAGAUGAUGUUGAAAAUAUCAUGGAAAUAAGCAUGUGGGGAGGCAAGCCCAGUCCUUUUUCAAAGCUGGACCCCAAGGUCAAAGCAGCUUUUACACGUGCCUACAACAAAGAGGCACAUCUCACACCGUAUUCACUGUAUUCUAUCAAGACAUCUAAAAGGCAGUCAGGAUCUGCGCUGACCUUGGAACUGAAUGAUGAAGACAUGAAGAUGGAAGAGAACCAGUCUGAUGAGGAUGAACAAGACACUAUUGAAAGUGACGCAAUGAUUAAGCAAAAAAAAGUGAAGUCUUCCAAGCUGCCACAAAGAGAGAAAAAUGAAGAAACAACAAAAAAAGAGGGGAAAAGAAAAGAGAAAACAAGGCAUUAA